AUGGCUCGUAACAUGGGCAUUCCGCCCACGUUUCGAUGCUCCAUCGGAUGGGUGCGGCGUGCGUUGCGGCGCCAGGGGGUGAGGUGCCGUGCAUCGGUCGGCGAGGCGGGCAGCGCGGACCAUGCCGCAGUGCGCGACUGCCAGGAGAAGCUCCCCCGACUUCUCAUGCAUCUCUCAGCCCGUCCGCGCGACACGUACAACCUCGACGAAACCGCGCUGUGGCUAUCCGUGCUCCCGCGGCGUACUUACAGCAACGGCCGUAUUCCAGGGCGAAAGGUGUCGAAGGAACGCCUUACCGCUGCGUUUCUCAUCAAUGCCGACGGGAGCCACGCGUUCCGCCCGUUGGUCAUCUCUAAGGCGAGGCGCCCGCAUGAUUUUCGCCCGGACUAUGACCCUGAAACGCUCUGCUACUGGCGUAACAACGCCAAAGGAUGGAUGACGUCACCGCUCAAUGCGGCCAUGUAUGCGGAGGGCCGCCACAUUGUCAUUCUGCUCGACAACGCCAGCUCGCACAUGCUAAGGAGCGAGUUUGCGUGGAGCAAAAUCGUGUGCGGCAUGCGCACGACCUGCAUGAGCAACAUGCGCCUGGUCUUUGACCCGCCUAACACGACGACCUUCACCCAGCCCCUUGACCAGGGGACUAUUGCAACCGCCAAGGCGCGCUACCGCCAGCAGUGGUUGCGGGCCUUCACGGCUAUGUGGAACGCGGACGGGGCCACAAGCGCCGCCGCGCGGUUUCGCCCGAACCUUUGCGACGUGCUGGCGUGGCUCUCGGACGCGUGGACCGGUGUCGGUGCGCGCACCAUCCAGUGGUGCUGGUGGCGCACAGGGUGCCUCCCGCGUUCGUGGGCCAUGGAGCUGCCGCACGUGCAUGGCGACAAGCCCACCCCGUCCGCCUAUCCCGACAUCGAGCUUGAUGAUGAGAUAGGCGACGUCGGGACUCUCAUCUCUGGGCUUGGUCUCGGGCAUGGCGCGAGGUCCGCGGCUGAGUACGUCGCCAUCGACGACGGUGAGCCGACGUGCGCCGAGCACGCGGCGGAUCUGAUGACGAAUGAGCUGGGUGCAGGCAUGGAGGUGGAAAUGUGGGAGGCGCCCACCACCAUGCAGGCCGUAUAUGAGGAUGCCGACCCCGUGGGCCGUGAAGCGCGACGCACGGCUCGGGCGGCGUGCGAGAUGCUCAUUGGCUAUGCGCGCGCCAUCAGCAUCCAGCCGCGCGACCUGUGCCACCUUUUCGACAUCCACAACCCGGUCAUCAUUGUGCGCAUGGAGCGGGCGAGCCCGCCCAUUAAUCUGAACGUGACGCCGCCGGCCGCGCGCACGCCAGGCGCAACACCCACGCCUGACACCCCGCGUCCGCGCGGCCGAGUGCUGCCUGGGUGGAUGACCCAGCCUUCCCGCCGUCAGCAGCUGCUGGACGCCGGUGUUGGCGCCGUGAUGGGCGGGUAUACAGACGCGGCGGAGUGGAUGCGUCUGUGA